AUGAUCUCUAAGGCUACUUACAACCAGAUUUUGUUAAAAAAAAAAAAAAAAGAAAGAAAUACAGUAGUAUACUGUCGUAACUUGCCUAUAACAAGAAACUACCCCUUUUUUUUCCAGAAUAAAGAUCUCUUUGUCCUUACCUAUGGAGCUCUGGUUGCCCAGCUGUGUAAGGAUUAUGAGAAAGAUGAAGAUGUGAAUCAAUAUUUAGAUAAAAUGGGUUAUGGCAUUGGAACGCGGCUUGUGGAAGACUUUUUGGCUCGAUCCUGCGUGGGAAGAUGCCAUAGUUAUUCAGAAAUUACAGACAUAAUUGCCCAGGUUGCUUUCAAGAUGUACCUGGGAAUUACACCAAGUGUGACCUGUAACAAUUCAAGCAGAAAUGAAUUUUCCCUGAUUCUAGACAAGAAUCCUCUGGUGGAGUUUGUGGAAGAGCUCCCUGCUGGGCGAUCUUCUCUGUGCUACUGCAACUUGCUCUGUGGGAUUAUCAGAGGUGCCUUGGAAAUGGUUCAUUUGACUGCUGAUGUUACAUUCUUGCAAGACAGACUAAAAGGUGACAGUGUAACAGAAAUAGGAAUAAAGUUUCUAAAAAAACAAGAGGAGAAAAAAUAUAGACGGAAAAAAUGAAGAACAGCACGGAAAAUGCCACAGGGUAGCUAGUUGAGUUAAUAUUAACUAAACAGGUAUAGGCGUAGAAAUUUUGAAUUGCUUAAUAACAUGAGCUUUGAAAGGCUUAUAAAUCACCAUAAAUGUGAAAUCCAAGACAUGAGAAUUUAAAGGGCUUUUUUUCCCUUUUGCUUAUAAAUCAUACAUUUUCAGUCUCAUGUCUGCAAGAUUUCAUAUGCAAAUAACUACCUAUAAGAUAGCAAGCAGGAAUUCCACAUAUUACGCUAUCCAUCCUCAGAGAAGCUAUUCAUUCCAUUUACUUAUGGUAAUGGGGUAAAAAAGCACCACCAAUACAGUUAUGUAUUUAUCUCUUUGCUGAAAAAAAAUAAAUGAUAUAGCAUAGAGUUUACUAUAUAUACAGUAGUUUCUAGAUACUGUAUAUUGCAUUCCUUACAGAAACAGUUCCAUUUUUAACACUUUUCCAUAUUUAUAAAAAAUGAUGUGAUUUUUCUCAUAUAUUAGCUUGGCUUAUAGCUUUAGCCUCCUGAAGUUAUCCUUGGUUUGUAAUCACCAAGUUAAGCUAUUUAUUCGAUGAUGAUUUUGAAACAUUUAUAAAUAGCAUUUAAUUUUAAUUAGUUUUAAUAUAGCUGAUAUUAACCAAAUUCUUCCUUUUCUCAUAAAAUAUUGCUUGAUGGUCAGGUCAGGAAAUUUCUAAAAUAAAGAAUAAUAUUCUUUGGAAAUACUUUCUUACCCCAAAGCUUAUUAAUUUAGAAUUUCUACCAUCAUUUUUAUCUCCUAAAAAAUCUUCCAGAGAAGGUUUUCUCUGUGACCAGAACAUAUUUAAAAUUCAAAGGUACUGGGUUAAAUACACAGUAAUCUUCACCAGACCAUUGACACACAAGGGCAGCCUAUAGGCAGCCCAGAAUCUACUAGGUUCUGCAGAGAGCCCAAACUGUAAGUGCAAGUUAUAAUUAGCGUGAUACCACCCUACAGAAUUGGAGAAAAUAUUUUUAAACUACCUAUCUGACACCCUUGUGUUAUUAAUAACCAGAAAAUAUAAGGACUUCAAACAACUCCAUAGGAAAAAAAACCAAUAAAAUGGGCAAAAGAUCUGAAUAGACAUUUCUCAAAAGAAGACGUAGAAAUAGCAAACAGGUAUAUGAUAAGGUGCGCACCAUCAUUGAUCAUCAGAGAAAUGCAAAUCAAAACUAUAAUGAGAUAACAUCUCACCCUAGGUUAAUGUGGCUUUUAUCCAAAACAAGCAAUAAUGAAUACUUGCAAAGAUGUGGAGAAGAGGGAACGCUGGUACACUGUUGGUGGGAAUAUAAAUUAGUAUAACCACGAUGGAGAAUGGUUUGGAGGUCCCU